GCACAUGGGAGAACAAAAAAAGCAAACCAAAUUUGACCAUUUAAAUGCCAACAAAUUUCUAGUUUCGUUUUCGAGUUGCGCGAUUGGUUUGAUCCUUUUCGGAACUGAAUUUAAUCCCUUCGAUUUAUCCAGUCUCGUUGCCUCCACCACGCCGUCUGCUUCAACCACAAUCGUUUUCAAUCGAAAAGCAAUUCCAAGAAGGGAAGGCCAUCGUCUUCCCCAUCGGCCAAUUGCUCAUUUCUUGUUUUUGCCUAUCCGCUGCAGAGUUCGAGAUAUCAAAUGGCUUCUUUAGGAAUUCGAUGUGGAGGAAAUUGCGGUGUAUUAGACCGUCGUUAUGUGAAUGUUCACGACGGAUGUGAUCAGAAAGCAGGUCCUCGUUCUUUGGCGGUUUCCACCGGAGGAUUGAGGAAAUCGAGCAGUUCCGUUUCUAUAUUGAAGAGUUUGCAGCCGGUGAAUCGCCAUGUGAAGGAGAGAACAGACAGCAACGAGGUGAUUUCUCGCGAUAAGUUCGAUGAAUGGAUGAAGGAAUCGGUAGUUAACAUUGUAAAAAAUCUUCGAGAAGCGCCUCUGUUUCUACGAGUUUACACGACGGAUGAGGACGGCGAAGCGGCGAGAUUCGAAACGGAGAAGGCGGUGGAGGAAGAUCGUUGGCCGAUCUUAGAGAAGCAAUGGAAAAGCGGAUCGACGCCGACGCCGGAAGGCAUCAUGUUCGUUGAAGAGCUUGAAGACGAGGAUUACGAGGACGGCGAGUCGAAAGCGUGGGGGAUUGUAAUACAAGGCAGAGGCGUUGAACGUGGUGCGCCGGUUUGUUACCUGUUGAAGACGAGUAGAGCGGCGGGGCUAGGGAUGUGGUGCACGCAUUUCUGUCUGGUUAGGGUUAAGAAUUUCAGAGAGACGACCAAAUCGCAGCUUCAGAAUUGUUGGUUGGUGCAGAAUCAGUAAGAGAUGAAGCAGAUGCGGUUGCUACACUCAUAAUUCCAAUUCAAUUCAAUACGUAAUAACACACACUUGUGAAGUAAUAAUGGUUCAUACAAUUUUUAUUUC